UCGUCAAAGACCUCAAGUCCUCCGCUCAAAGGAAUCAGAUUUCUGAAUUUUAGGAGGCGCCGUCGUCUUCCCGCCCAUGGUCUCCGUCGCCAAGCCUCCGUUCCUCGCGCCCGAGGAUCCGCCCGCCGCCGAAGCCAUGGAUGCCGAGCCAGUCGACAAGCCGGGAGCGAAGGCCGAGGAGGAGCGGGACGAGGAACCGCAGCCGCAGAAGAAGCGGAGUCGGAGGAGAAGGGCACCCGGGGAGAAGGCGGCGCCCGCGACCCCCGCAUCGGGGAGGCCGUCCAGGGAGCGGAAGACGGUGGAGAGGUACACGGAGCUACCUCCGUCCAUCAAGCCAGCCGAAAUUCUCCAGGGCCCUGGAACGAAGCUGAAGGACAUCCCCAAUGUUUCCUUCAAACUAUCAAAGAGAAAGGCAGAUGAGAAUCUUCAGAGUCUUCAUACUAUAAUGUUUGGGACAAAAUCAAAUGUCUAUUACUUAAAAAGGAACAUAACCCAGUUUUCUGGUUUUGUUUGGACUGACAAUCAAGAUAAGCAAAGGAUCAUGAUAAAAGAAAAGCUUGACAAGAUUAACAAGGAGAAGUUACUAGAUUUUUGUGAAAUACUUGAUGUUCAUGUGAAAGCAACUACCAAGAAGGAGGAAGUUUGUAUGAAAUUGCUGGAGUUUUUGGAAUCCCCUUGCAUUACCAAAGAUGUUCUCAGUGAUGUAAAGAAAGGGAGGAGAAAUAGGAGGAUGUCUGAAGGAAGUGGUGAGGCAACUGCUGAAGGUGCUUCCGAAGAGAAGGUUCCUCUACGCCGGUCGCCACGGUUUGCUGGACGGGAACUGGAGCAUCCGAUCGUGCUCGACGAGGCAAGCAAGGAACAUAAAGUCAGGGGUAAGCAACCAGCUAUUACGCCCCUUCGGAGAUCUGCACGGUUUCAUCGAGGUGAUAAGAGUCCGAGCAAGCUCUUAAUGGAAAAGGGAAGUUACCUGAAACAGCUGCCGUUCACACCAAAUGCCCGGGAUAUUGCCCAUAACAGGAAGACUCAAACUAUUGUUAACAAAGACAACAGACUAGAGAAUCCAACAAGGAGUAGCCAGAGAAUUGCUGCAUUAAAGGCUUCAGCUAGGAUGAAAACACACAAGGAGCCCCGGACAUUGUUACAAGAACCCCAAGGUGUUCCUCCCAGGAGAAAGACUGCAGAUGCAUCUUGCAGUAUGAGUGAGAUGCAAGAGCUCAAGCCCAGUUAUUUUGAGGAGCUGACAAGAAAGAGGAAGAGAGGCACUGCAAAAAAGCCGACAUCAAGGAAGCCAAGUCGCCAAGAGCCCAAAUCUGAUUGUGAAACAAUUGCACCUAUAGCUGAACCCAGAAACAUCGUUCACAAAAAGAGUGAAAAUGAUCCUUCUUCCAUAAUGCAGCCUAAAAUUAGUGAUGAUACACUGAUGAACACCAAGGAAUGCAAUGAAGAGUUAAGUGGUAUUAAAAGACGAUCAGAGCAACGGCUUUGUGCUUCGGAUCAUUGGACAGAAGAGCAGGACUUAACAUUGCGCCAGGCUUACUUCGCUGCUCGACCAUCACCACAUUUCUGGAAGAAAGUUUCCAAAAUGGUGCCAGGGAAAUCUGCUGAAGAGUGUUUCAACAGGGUUCAUGCUGACCUUUCAACGCCCACUCCAAUUGCUCCUCGUCCUCGAACAAGUAAAGUACAGUUUUCUCCUCUAGGACAUUUCACAUUGUCCGACACAAAAUUUCCGAAUCUCUUGGAACCUCUAGUCGGAAGACAAAGGACCGCCAGACAGAAGAGCCUAGCAGCACAGAAGACAGUGAGGCAUUUGCUGAAGAAGCAUUCCCUCAUUGACCAAGCUCAAGAGGUUGAUCACUUCUCAGUAUUUGAAACAUCACCUUCUGCAUUGCAAUUGAACAUCCCGCUUGAGGAUUGUCCUGGGACCCCUGACAAUUAUUUAAACUCCUGUUCCCUGCACAAGGAUAGCAUGAGUUAUAAAGCACGAAAGAGACCAUUGUCAAGGUUGAAAACUAAGCAAGAUGAACCAAGCCCAGCAGUUCUGAAGCCUGUAAAGAAUGCUGCUUUACAUGAGAAGUACAUCGAUCAGCUGUCACGGAGAGAAGGCACGAAAAAGCCUCGUAAAAAGGCUGCUGGCAAGAAAGCAACUGGUCCUGAGAGGCCUGUUUCGGAGCAGCAAGCCGGCGGUGGUCUGAAGGCUGUGAAGGACGCUCUCAUAUCAGAAGCAACAGACUUCAUAUCCAAGUUUAAGAAGUCACAAGCCAAUUCCCUCGCACAUGUUCUGGAAAAUACUGAAGAUGAUGAAGAUACUUGUAGUUCAUCGUAAUAUUAGUGGUUCCAAGGUGCUUUUAAUCGCCAAAGGGCCUCUAAAACAGAGACACUAAAGUUGAGAUCGCAUUUGUAAAAGUUAAAACAAAAGGCAAGAAAGAAUUGGAUUCUUAUCAUCAGAAAAAUAGAAAACUGGGUGACCUGACUAGUCAAAGAUGCUGAAAUAAUGCAUUGUGGAUUACCCAGUUCCUCUAAGGAACCAAUAAUAUCCAAGCGCAAGGUGUUACUUUUGGCUGAUGCAUCUUGCUGGAUGUGGUGCUAAAACACUAGUGCAAGCCAAAUGGGCUUGCUGGAUUUGGUGCUUGCCUAGGCAUUGCCAGGUGGUUGACGAAGAGGAAAUGAGAAUGCUUUAUAUUCCAAUAAAGGAGAACGGAAUCUAAUCUAAAUCGUAUCGUGUGCCUGGAGCAGUACUAUGCACUCUCCGUCUCAAAUCUCCGUCUCAAAACAAGUGACGUGAAAUUGUAUAGAUUUUUAUAUAAAUUCAUGUCAUUUAUUUUGAGACGGAGGAAGUAUGUUUCAUCCUUACUAUUGAGUAGGUAAUAAUGAAGAUUUUUUGGUGA